AUGGAAGCACCUGUCCCGUCGUCUGGUUUAUACACAUGUCUUGCUUGCCAAGUGGCAUUCGAGUCUGCCGAAGGUCAACGGAUACAUUAUCGUAGCGAUUGGCAUCGAUACAACCUUAAACGCAAAGUGGCCGAUUUGCCACCUGUGAGCCUAGAGCAAUUCCAACAAAAACAAAAAGCUGUCAAAGAAGCUGAUGCCCCCGAGAACAAACCAGAGCCUUUCAAGGGUCAUUGUAGUGCAUGCAAGAAAACAUUUGGCACACAAAACUCGUAUGAUAGUCAUAUGCGAUCCAAGAAGCACAAGGAGAACGUUGCAAAGGAAGCUGCCCGACCCAAGAAAACAGCAUCACCAGCACCAGCAUCGGAUAAUCAGGAUGACAAGACACCUACUCCCACCACUACGACUACUACUACCACCAGCCACGAUGAUGCAUCCACUUCCUCAUCUACGCCUAUCAGUAAACCACCUGCUUACAUGCCCAUGUCCAUGACCUUCACUGAAGAUAUGACCGAGGAAGAAAUCAAUGCCAAGAUUGAUGAAAAGAUCAAGAUGGCUCGACGUUUGGAAGAGACCGAAUGUUUAUUCUGUAACCACAAUGCGGAUACCUUUGAGGACAACAUGCAACACAUGACGCUCCAACACAGCUUUUUCAUUCCCGAUAUUGAAUACCUCGUGGAUCUCAAGGGCUUGAUCAAGUACUUGGGUGAAAAGCUCUCUAUUGGUAAUACGUGUCUUUUCUGUAAUGGCAAGGGUCGUGAAUUGAGAUCGUUGGAGGCUGUACGCAAACAUAUGAUCGAUAAGGGUCACUGCAAGAUUGCCUAUGAAGCGGAUGAGGAUGCUAUGGAAUUGGUGGACUUUUACGAUUUCUCAUCAUCGUAUCCCGAACUCGAAGGAGGAGAGGAUGAGGAUGCUGAUACCGAGCUUGCCAACAUGACGAGAAAGGUUCAUCUUGCCGACGAUGACAUGUCACUUGUUCUCCCCAGUGGCGCCGUUAUUGGACAUCGUGAUCUCAAGCGUUAUUACAACCAGCGUUUCAAGCCAGAAGAUACUCGAGAAUCUGUGCUCAUCAACAAGCUCAUUGGCCAAUACACGGACAUGCCUGGUUACGAAACUGCACGUUCAUCAUCAUCCCAACGACGUAGACUCGCAAUCACAGACGGCAAAACUCAACAUGUCCGACAUACGGAGGCAUUCAAGGAAAUGCGUGUGCAUGAAGACCACAAGUCUCGAGUGGGUAUCAAGGCCAACAAGCUCCAGAAAUACUUUAGAGUUCAAAUCUUAUAA